AUGGUAACUUUUAAUAAAGAUUUAUCACAACAACAACAACAACAGGAAUCUUCUGUUUGUGUCAGCUCAACAACAACAACAUCACCACAUCCUCCAUUGCCAUCGACUCCCUUUCAAACCAUCUCGCCAGAGGUGCAUAACAACACAACUGCUGAGCAUCAUCAACAACAAAACCACACCACCAAUAAUAUUGCAACAACACCAAAUAUAUCAACAGCAGCAGCAGCGGUCGAGGCAUCUCCCUUAUCGACAUUUAUCAAUAAAUCUUUAUUUGAUUCACCACAUCUUUACGGUAAACCUGGUAAAGAUCAACAGUCAUCUUCAUCUUCAUCUUCAUCAUCAUAUUCGGCAAUUGGACACUUUUUAGAGCGUGACCAACAGACACCUGCAUCGCCAUCGACAAGACUCCUAUUCCACCAAUUUGACAAUAUCUUUACAAAGUCACCUCAAGUACUCUUACCAUCACCACGUUCAUCACAUCAGCAUCAUACUACCAAUAACAAGAAAGGAGCAGGAGGAGGUGGAGGAGGAGGAGGUACCACCACACCAAGAGGAAGCAAUAGUGCAACUGUGAAACCAAGUGCAACUACUCCAACUUCUACAACUACGACUACCUCGACUACCACUAGCACAAGUAAUAGUACAAGUACUACACCCAACAAGGACGGUAGCGGUGGAAACAACAAUAGUUUUGAUAGUGAAAGUUCAAGCAACACAGAGAAUUUGGUGUUUAGGAUCAAUAAUGGUCUUCAACCCAGACAACAAAAGAUCACCACUCAGAACCAACUCAUGAAUAUCCCCAACUCUCUCAUUCCAUCGUUGAAUCCAAUGCGACGAACAAGACGACAACAACAAUUGACCACUAGUCUCCCACUGCCAAAUGCACUCAUUCAUAACAACAACAACAACAACAACACUAGAAAUCGUAAACGUUCAAAUAGUAAUCUAAGUGUAACAAGUAAUAGUGAUUUUGAAGAAGAUGAAAUGGAAGAAGAGGAAGAACAAGAAGAUAAUUUUAGUGAAGAUGAACAAGAAAUAUCAAUAGUUGAAGAUGAUUCUGAUGAAUCUGAAGAUAUUUCAUCUGAACAACAAGAAGAAGAAGAGGAGGAAGAAGAAGAAGAAGAAGAAGAAGAAAAGGUUCAUCAUCAUCAUCAUCGUCGUCAUCAUCAUCAUGAAACUUCAGAAGAUGAAGAGAUUGAUAUUGAAGAUCAUUCUGAUAUGUUACCAGAUACAACAACAACAAAGAAACCAACAAAGAAACCAACCGCCAAUACAAAAAAUAAUACAAAGAAUAAUACAAAGAAUAAUAAGAAAAAUAGUAAACCAACUCUUCCUCCACCACCACCACCUACUACUUCUAAACAACAACAACAAAAGAAAGCAAAGAAUUCAUCUAAAAAAUCAUCAACUACUAAAGAUGGAGGAGGUAAGGAAGAGGAAGAAGAAGAAGAAGAGAAAUCAUCACAAUUUUUCCAAGCCAUUUCAAACAAGUUAUCAAAUACCUUUCAAUCUAUAUCAAGUACCAUUUCAUCUGUAUUGGGAUCAACUGGUGCAUCACCUUUAAAAGGAGGAGGAGGAUCAAAUGACCAAGUAUCAAAGAGUAACGGUGGCGGAGAUAGUAGUGAUGGUAGUCCAGUCAAUGGUCAUGACAGUGAUGUCAAGAUGGGUGAUGCCGAAUCGUCAGACAAGACAGUCACAGAGAAAAAGAAAAGAAAAAAGAAUGGAGAGGAUGCUGGACGCUGGUGUCAUCAAUGUAAAGCACUAAAGUUUGAAUAUGUCCAAUGUCAAGCUGCUCUCCUCGACAAGCCAAAAUGCAACAAACGAUUUUGUUCAACUUGUCUCACCAAACACUACAACAAGGAGGUGUCAGUCUUGAAAACAAGACCAAAACCUUGGUGGUGUCCAUUUUGUAAAAAUACUUGUAUAUGUGCUGCUUGUAAAAGAAAAAGAGAAAAUGGUGAAUUCCCACCUUUGGGAGAAUUAUUGGAUCAAUCAACAUUGACUGCAAAUGGUGCCGUUGUGGCAGAGGAAGGGGUAGUAGUGAUGGAGAAUCCAACAACUACAAAUUCUAAAAAAGAUGCUAGAGGUAGAAAAAAGAAAAAAGUAGAUGAUCCUUCUACUACUAUUACAUCUUUUUCUACUUCUAAUACCAAUACCAAUUCUACCAAUACUACUAAUAAUUCGACGACUACAAACCAAUCCUCUUCUUCUAAUACAAAUAAUGUAACUUUAGAUCAUAGUCAUAUAGCUAUCAAUCUUGAUAAUAUUAUAGAUAAUAAUAUUAAUACUUUAAAUAAUAAUAUAUUGAAAAAACAACAAGAACAACAACAGAAACAAAAACCACAGAAACCAGAACCAACAACACCGGUGAGAAAAUCAUCGGCAGCAGAUCAAAAGAAAAGAAAUUCUACCUCUACUACCUCUACCUCUACCACUACUACUACUACAACUACACCCAAAAAAAAGCAAGUAGAUGAAAACGAAAAGGAAAAGAAGUUUUUUCUGACCGACUCUCACCCUGAACUCGACAAAUACGUACCUAUUUUUACUACUAUAGACAAAUCAGCAAUGAUAUUUAAAGACGUGGUGACACCAACGUACAGAGAGGCCGAUCAGUACUCGGUGAGAGAUGGAUACAAAGAUGUACUGCCAGCAGAUUAUCGUGGAUCGUGGACAGAGGACUUUGACGACGACGAAUACAGACAACACCAACUUGCACUUGAAGAGGAGCGAGUCGACAUUAUGCACCCACCCCUUACCCCUCGCGGUGGCGGUAGUGGCCACCGUGUCAUGUCGGCUCCCACAACACCCCUUUCUCCCACACCAGUGAGCGGACGCUCACCACACACCUCGCCAUCUCUCUUUGGCGUAAAGACUCGUAGAAACAGUAGUGGUACUCCCAUUGCUCAAAUAGAUACUUCCCUAUCUGCACUGGAAUCUUCAAUGCGAGAAAAAAGAAAAUUAAAAAAGGCUCAAAAAUCAAAAUCCCCUCCCAUCGUUAUAGUUAAAGAAGUAGCAGAAAUAGAACAAGAAGAACAAGAAGAAGUAGAAGAAGAGUCAAGUGAUGAAGAUACAGAUGAUGAAUUAUAUCUUGCAAGACAUGAAAAAAUAGCAGAAGAAGAAAGAAUUUGGUAUUCCAGUUUUAAUGAUCGUAAAUCUAGAAAAGGUCAAAAACCAACAAAACCUUCUUCAUUUUAUUCAUCUCCUUAUAAAGAUGGUAAAGAUAGUAAAGGUAGUAAAGAUAAUAAUAAUAAUAAUAAUAAUAAUUCAAAUUCAAAAUCACCUUCUUUAUCUUCAAAAAAGGAUUCAACAACUACUCCUACUAAAACUUCAACUUCAACUACAUCAACAACAACAAACAACACACCAAAAUCCACAUAUAGUCCAAUUUCAACUAGAGCGUCAAGAUCACGUCUACGAGCUAGUUAUCCUCCUGUUUAA